UAUAUAUAUAAUACACAGAUGGGUCAGUCUUGAUUCCCCUGAAGGCCUGAAGAUUUCUAGGUAGAGAUUGAUCAUUAUUAAUUGUAGUACUUACUGCCGAUUAAUUAUUUGUCGUUGGAGAAAUUUUAAGGAGAAGAAUGCAGGGUGUGAAGGAAAAGCUAAACGAUAUGAGCGCCAUGCGCAAGGCCAAGGCGGAGGCCAAGGCCGAGGAAAAGGCUGAGAAGGAAUUGGCAAAAGCAAGGGUGGAGGUUGCGCAUGAGGUGAGACUGGCAAGAGAAGCUGAAGCCCAAAUGGAGUUGCAUGUCAACAAAGCCAGCCAAAAAGCCGAGAGGCAGAUGGCCAAGCAUGGUGCGGGUCGCAACCGCCAGCCCACUGACAGCACCGCCGCCGGUGGCGCUGCUGCUUAUGACAACAGCGGCAGCACUGACGCCUACAAUAGUCUCAGCAGCGCUGACGCCUACGACAGCCGUGGCAGCGCCGAUGCCUACAACAACCGCGGCAGCAGCGGCCGCUAUGAGGCAACAGAUGAAUAUGGCUCCCCCAACCAGAGCUUUACCGCCACCAAUUACUCAGAGGGCGGUGCCCCCACCGCUGAUUACAGCAGCCCACGCGCUGGCCGUCCCCAAGACAACCGGGGCUUGUGAAUCGAAUUGACUUGGUCCUCAUCGUUCCGCUUCGUUGCUUCAUUUUAACUAUUGAUUUUUUUCAUUGAAUUGUGGUAGAGUUCUUGUUACUUGAGAUAUCUAAAGAUAAUUUGUUUUAGUUUUAAUUUAUGUUUAUGUUUCAUUUCUGGAAUUGAGACCCCAGUUUGGCUAAAUGUUGCUUGAUUUAAGAAGGCAAAUAAUCUUUUUUUUUU